GGCCCUUGGCGAAGGCAAUACACCAAGGUGCGGCAGGGUGCUGUGCCCCCUGAUGUCCACCCUCACAAACCUGCAGGGCCGGAUGGCUCCCACACCUCUCGUACUGGAGCCCUCCAGGCGGUGGCCGCCUCAAUGCAGAGAGCAGUGGCUGUGGCAGGCAGCGAGGUGCCCGUCCCCCACGGAGCCAUUGAGGGCAUCCCCAUCAAACACGUGCUGGAGCCGGGCAACUCCAAGACAGGCAACAAAGCCAGGGAUGAAGCAUACACCCCGUCUGCCUGCAAGGAGCCAGGGGCCAGGAGCAGGAGCCGCAGCCUGAAGCUCAUUGCCCAACCUAAGGCAUCCCACAGUAGCAGGGAGCCCCGAGUAUACACCCAGGGCCGGCUGCCCGUGCCCACCGUGCACAGCCAAGACCCUGUACCCCACCAGGAGAACGAGGAUGAGUGUGCAGUCUGCAGUGACGGCGGGGAGCUCAUCUGCUGUGACGGCUGCCCCAGGGCCUUCCACCUUGCUUGCUUGGUGCCUCCACUGCCCUGUGUCCCCAGCGGGACAUGGCGCUGCAGCUCCUGUGUGGCAAGUGUGGCAGAGCUGGGCCAGCCGCGGGAGGCGGACAUGGCUGCGGAGCAACCCCCCGAGAUCCCAGGGGAGGAGGUGUGCAGUGCCCAGCGAGGCGGAGGUGAUGGGAGCAUCUGUGGCCGCUGCUUCACCCGGAUCCCUGCACCCCAACACUGCCCCGUGCCUGGCAGGGACCCUGGGGGGCUGCUGCUCUGCACAUCCUGCGCAGACACCCCAGACACAGAGGAUGUUUUCCCUGGCAGUGACCCUGUGCCAAGCAGGGAUGAGCUCGAUGCGCUCCUGGGUGAGGGUGCCUGGGACGGGAUACUGCAGUGGGCAUUCCAGAGCAUGGCGCGGCCCCUGGCAGACACCCACAGGAUUUCAGCCUAG